AGAGACUUGUGCUCAGUGGAGGAGCCGGCGCGCGCUGAUUGGCCAGGGCAAACGCAUUUAUUCCCUGACAAGCCCCCAUCACAUGGAUGGUUGUCUAUUAACUUGUUCAAAAAAGUAUCAGGACUUGUCAAGGCAGAGAGAGAGAGAGAGAGUGUUUGCAAAAGGGGGGAAAGUAGUUUGCUGGCUCUUUAAGAAGGAGCAGGGAGAAAAGGAGGAGGAAGAAGUUGUAUUUCCACCAAGGCUCCAGUGAGCAUAAUAAUUUUAUUAUUAUUAUUAUUAUUAAUCCAUCCGCCAAGAGGAAGCCUCGAACCCUGAGCCAAGUGUGUGUUUUUGGGGAGUCCCCCUCCCCCUUCCACACCCCUCCCUAGGAACGACAACAACAACACCACCACCAAAAAAAGUCCAGCUUGAGACUUUCCUGUGGCGGCGGCUGCAUCUCUCGCUUCUCCGCCGAAGGCUUGUACCAGGCAAGAGCCGUUUGAAUGUACAACAUGAUGGAAACCGAGUUGAAGCCUCCCGCCCCCCAGCAAACUUCGGGGGGAGGCACGGGCAACUCCAACUCGGCAGCCAACAACCAGAAGAACAGUCCGGACCGGGUCAAGCGACCCAUGAACGCCUUCAUGGUGUGGUCCCGGGGCCAGCGGCGGAAGAUGGCCCAAGAGAACCCGAAAAUGCACAACUCCGAAAUCAGCAAGCGGCUCGGGGCGGAGUGGAAACUUUUAUCCGAGGCGGAGAAGAGACCGUUCAUUGACGAAGCGAAGCGGCUCCGCGCCCUGCACAUGAAGGAACACCCGGAUUAUAAAUACCGACCCCGGAGGAAAACCAAGACCCUCAUGAAGAAGGAUAAGUACACAUUACCCGGCGGCUUGCUGGCCCCCGGCAGCAAUUCCAUGACCACUGGGGUAGGGGUUGGGGCCACCUUGGGCGCUGGGGUGAACCAGAGGAUGGACAGUUAUGCGCACAUGAACGGCUGGACCAACGGAGGCUAUGGGAUGAUGCAAGACCAGCUCGGCUACCCACAGCACCCGGGCUUGAACGCUCACAACGCGGCUCAGAUGCAGCCCAUGCACCGCUACGACGUGAGCGCCCUGCAGUACAACUCCAUGACCAGCUCGCAGACUUACAUGAACGGGUCGCCCACCUACAGCAUGUCUUACUCCCAACAAGGGACCCCGGGGAUGGCCCUGGGAUCCAUGGGGUCCGUGGUCAAGACAGAGUCGAGCUCCAGUCCCCCCGUAGUCACUUCUUCUUCCCAUUCAAGGGCUCCAUGCCAAGCUGGGGACCUUCGGGACAUGAUCAGCAUGUAUCUACCAGGUGCUGAAGUACCAGAACCAGCUGCCCCAAGCAGACUUCAUAUGUCCCAACACUACCAGAGUGCACCUGUUCCUGGUACAGCCAUUAAUGGCACACUUCCUCUAUCACAUAUGUAAGACAAAAGGGUUGGGGGGGGGGAGGAGGGAGG